GAGCUCAAACUGCGGGGUGCUCUGUCUCAGGUCUUGCAACCCGCCCCUGAUCAGACCCUCCGUGCGCCAGCCCUUACCGACUAUUACGAGAUUCACUGCGUCAGUCAGAGACGUUUAUUUGGAGCAGAUGUAAAUUGAGAAUUAUGAUAUUGUUCAAAGAAAAGCUUUGCGUAUUGAAGACAAUUGAUCGAAUGUAUGCAUUUAUUAUUGUAGGUUUCCAUUUUAGGGGAAUGUACGGCGGAUGUUUGAUGUCUGGGUCCAUAGCGUAGCUCAGCCCUGGAUCAGACUAAAUGAACAGCAUAAUAUAAAAAGAAGAGGAACAGUCUUUCAUUCAACGAGUGUGUUUGAUUGGGCGGUUCGCACGCGCUCACAAGGAAAGAUAACGGUGAUGUUGCGGCCACGCGCAGAAGUCGUACAGGGAAGAGGCAGGUGAGGUGCGGCCGAAAGGAACUAGUCACUAAAACUAAACCCUACCAAGGCAUUGUGGUUACGGAGACCUGUGGAUAAAGAGGACAUCGGCACAUACCCCUUGCUUUUGCUGUACCGCGAGAAGAACAAACGACUUGAAGCGAGGAGGGAAUUUGGCACCUGGCAAAGAACCACUAUACCUGUCCAUCUGGCACGUGCCUGUGCUUUGCUGCCAUGACGACCAUGGCCCCUCCCCUCACGUUACUACUCCUGCUCCUGCGAUUGGCUGAGGGUUCUUUCCCAGAGGAACCCAGUCCCCUCAGCUACGCUCCCUUAGAGGUGGUGCGGAGGUAUCCAGUGUUUUUGGGUAGAGCUCACCGUUCGGCCCAGAGACAGGAGCUUCACAUCCAGACCAUCCUCCAGAUCAACCGCACGCUCUACAUCGGAGCUAGGGAUGACCUGUACAGAGUAGAACUGGAUAAUAACAUGUCUGGUGAGGAGAUGUUCUAUAGCAAGAAGCGGACGUGGGAAUCCAAUAAGAACGAUAUCCGAGUCUGCAGGAUGAAGGGCAAACAUGAGGGGGAGUGUCGUAAUUUCAUCAAGGUCCUACUGAGCCAGUAUGGUGGACUGUUUGUGUGUGGAACAAAUGCCUUCAACCCCCUGUGUGCCAACUACACCAGAGACUCUCUGGAGAUGGUGGGAGAGACAGUCAGCGGCAUGGCUCGGUGCCCCUAUGACCCACGCCAUGCCAACGUGGCGCUGUUUGCAGAGGGUAAUCUCUUCACUGGAACCGUCACUGAUUUCCUUGCGAUCGACGCAGUGAUCUACCGCAGCCUUGGAGACAGCCUCGCCCUCCGCACCGUCAAGCACGACUCUAAAUGGUUCAGAGAGCCGUACUUUGUGAAUGCAGUUGAGUGGGGGCCUCAUAUCUACUUCUUCUUCAGAGAAAUGGCCAUGGAGUUUCACCACCUAGAGAAGGUGAUGGUGUCCCGGGUGGCUCGUGUGUGUAAGGGGGAUCUAGGGGGCUCCCAGCGUGUGUUGGAGAAGCAGUGGACUUCCUUCUUGAAGGCCCGGCUGAACUGCUCCAUCCCCGGAGACUCUCACUUCUACUUCAACCUGCUCCACGCCACCAGCGACAUCAUACGCAUGCAGGGCCGGGACGUCAUCCUGGGACUGUUUUCCACGCCGCCUAACAGUAUCCCUGGCUCUGCAGUGUGUGUGUUUGACAUGCAGCAGCUGGCUAGGGUUUUCGAGGGACGCUUUAAGGAGCAAAAAUCCCCUGAAUCCAUCUGGACACCCGUGCCUGAUGAGCUGGUUCCCAAACCCAGGCCAGGGGGCUGCGCGGUGCAGGGCUCUCGGUUCAGCUCGUCCAGCUCCUACCCUGAUGAGGUGUUGAACUUCGUUAAGACUCACCCUCUGAUGGAUGAGACUGUUCCUCUGCUGGGACACAGGCCCUGGGUGGUGAAGACCAUGGGCAGGUACCAGUUGACAUCCAUGGUGGUGGACAUGGAGGCCGGUCCUCACAAGAACCGGACUGUGCUGUUCCUGGGCUCCACCCGAGGGACCAUCCUCAAAUUCCUCAUGGUGCCCAACGAGGAGAGCUCCCCCUCCCACGGCAGUGUGUUCCUGGAGGAGGUGGAGGGAUUCAACCCAGAGAAAUGUGGGGAGGAUUCUGUGCUGGCGCGCCAGCUCUUGUCCCUGUCUCUGGAUCGCACCAGUCACACUCUGCUGCUGGCCUUCCCCUCCUGCCUGGUCCGAGUCCCCACGGCACGCUGCCAUCUGCACUCUCGCUGUAUGAAGAGCUGCCUGGCCUCCAGAGACCCCUACUGUGGCUGGACCAGAGGCAGCACCUGUUCCUUCCUCAGGCCAGGGACACGGCUGCCUUUUCAGCAAGACGUGGAGUAUGGCAACAGCUCCUCCCACCUAGGAGAUUGUGACGGUCUUCUCCAGCAGAGCCUGCUGAUUGAGCCCGAGAGCCUGGUCUCCCUCAACCUCCUGGUGGCAUCUGCGGUCUCCGCCUUCACCAUCGGGGCGGCCCUCUCCGGCCUCGCCGUCUGCUGGAUCAUGGCCCACAAGCCCGCUGGCCGUCGCCAGGGCGGCAACACCCCCCAGUCCUCCAUCCAGCGGCGCGACAGGGGCAUGCUGGGCACCGGAGGGGGCAUGGGCGGCUCAGUCCUCAGUGUGACGCGCCAGGGAGGCGGGGACAGGCCCUGCUCCCAGGGCGGGGAGACGCUGUUUGUCAUGCCCAACGGCUGGGUGAAGUCUGGGGACCUGGACCCUGGCUUCCUGCCCACUCCGGAGCACACGCCCCAGCAGAAGCGCCGCGGUCUGCGCCUCUCGGACUCCAACUCCGGGGGUUGGGACACCAGCCAGACCUACCUGGGAGGGGGUUCGGUGGGGCUGGGCUCCCCUUGCCCCCUGCCGCCCUCCCACCACCCCUCCACUGCCGUCUACCUGACCACCAGACUCUUCCAGCAAGGGGGAGGAGGAGGGGGGAGGCACGGGGUGGAUGGGAGAGGAGGCAGCGAGACCCCGCGCCAGCACUACGUCUGUCUCAGCAAGCCCCGGGGAGCGGGGGAGAAAGGGGGCAGGGGGACACCAAAUGCCCCCCUCAGGAAGUCGGCCGGAGAGUAUGUGUAUCCCAUGACCCCCCAGGACUCGCCAGAGCGUCGGAGGGUGGUGUCAGCCCCCAGCGCCCCAAUGGAGUUCGGUGAGCCCCUGCCUUUGCGCUGGCCUGCCCCGGAGGGCUACCUCCUCAGCAGCCAUGGCAUGGUGCCCAUGCCCCUGCCUCCGACUUCCAUGGUGGCGCCCAGCGGCCAGCCCUACGUGGCCCAGCAGCAUACCCCCGGGCUGGGCAGGGCUCUGCUAAGAGGGGCCUUGGGGAGAGGCGAGCUGGGGGAGCUGGUGGAUCUCAGCCAGUUGAUGAGUAAGAAGGGCUGCAAUGAGAGGACUCAAGCUGGCCAAUGAGAAAUUGCGAUGGAGGAAAAAGAGAGGAGGAAGAGAGGGAACGAGCGAGCCAGUGAUUGAUGCAAACUAGUGUCUGUCCAAACACUCUUCUCUAUUUCUCUGCUUCUAUUUUCACCCUAUCUUCACCCUCUCUCCACCUGAUUUCCAUCUCUCUCUCACUCAUUCUCUAUUCUUCUCUUUCUCUCUCAUUGUGAUUUAACUCUCCCGAUCUCUUUUGCUGAUCUCCCCCAGACCCCCUCUCCCCUCCCCCAUGGCUCUACUUUCUCUGUAACUGGCUGCUUCUACUGCCACUCACAUCCUGCCUCACGCUGAUUGGCCAAGUUGUUGCUGUGUCUGCAUUGCAGAGUUGCCUCACCCUCCUGCUGGAGAGAAAGAGGAAGAGCAAUGAAUAAAUGAAAGAAAGAGGGAGGGAAAUGAAAGAGGCAGAGAAGAGGAGAGGUGCGAGAGAGGAUAACCUUGUGAAUCACAAAAUGACACUGCUCUCCCCGUGCAGGGAUAAGGUGAACAAGAACAACAUGGCUGCUCGGAGACUUCUCUGUCCCUCCAGACAACUGCCUAGGUCCAGUAAAGAGAUUGAGUUGUAUGAUAACCAAGAAGACAACGGUGUGAACUAUGUAAAUUUUAAGACCGCUUGUUUCAGCAUGAUCACACUCUGGGCUACUUGAACAGACUCCCUUCAGCCUAACAAGGCUAAAACACUGAGGUCAUUCUGACUGCCAACGUGAGCAGAACACCAAUGACGGAGGGAGGGAGACUGAAAGAGGCAGGGCCUGUGUGUGUGUGUUUGUGUGUGUGUGUGUGUGCAUGCGUGUGCUGGUGUGUUUGGGGUGUUCAGGUGGAAUCUCUGGCAACUCUGAGGGUUUGGAUUUCUCAGACAGUCUGCUGUAGGGGAACAUACCGGAGCCAUGAUACACACAAUUGCACACACAAAUGUACAGGACAC